AUGCAGUCGUGUCACCAGGGCGUGGCUCAGCAGCACAUCUCUCUCCUGGCGCAGCCGUGUCGGGAUGAGGAUCACAAUGCUGGAGCCCAGACAAGUACGUUUCUUACAGCUGGCCGGCAAGGAAUCUUCAUUUAUUACUGGGACACACCGAUUGUUAAAGCCAAUAACCGGACUGUGAGCGUAAUCCUCCUGGCCUCCAUCUUGUUGAACUUCCUCAGUGUUCUCUUCUUCCUUGGUCGUCCAGUUGACAUAACCUGCUUACUGAGACAAACAUCAUUUGGCGUCUUCUUCUCUAUCGGUGUCUCUUCUGUUCUGGCCAAAACUAUCACAGUCUGCAUUGCCUUCAAAGCCACCAAACCUGGAAGUAUCUGGGUGAAGUGGAUCUCAUUCAAUGUGUCAAAUUAUGUGGUCUUGUUGUGUUCUUCUGUACAAGUUCUCAUUUGUGUUAUUUGGUUGCUGAUGUCUCAUCCUUAUGUAGAGUUUGAUCAUCACUCUUAUCCUGGGAAGAUCAUCAUUCAGUGUAAUGAAGGCUCGGUCAUCGCCUUCUACUCCAUGUUGGGUUAUAUGGGGUUCCUGGCAGCUGUGAGCUUUGUUCUGGCUUUCAUGGUGAGGACAUUACCCGACAAUUUUAAUGAAGCCAAGUACAUCACCUUCAGCAUGCUGCUGUUCUGCAGUGUCUGGAUCGCCAUGAUACCAGCCUAUCUGAGCACUAAAGGGAAGUACAUGGUGGCUGUGGAGAUAUUUGCCAUAUUGACCUCAUGUUCUGGCAUUCUUGGUUGUAUAUUUCUUCCAAAAAUAUAUAUUCUUCUUUUUGAACCUAGUUUGAACUCCAGAAAAGCUAUUUUGGAGACAAACAGAGUAUAA